GCUAGGGCUAGUGAAAAUGGAGUCAAAAGUAAGAGUAUAUGUUCGGCAGUAGCCACCAAUCAACAGUUGAGUGGACAGUCCUCAACCCGUCUGUCAGCGAGAUAAAUGAGACAAAGAAUCAGCAGUGAGAAGGGCUGUUCAGAUGCUCAGUGAAUGGGGAAAUCCGGCGAUCGGCAUCUGCCACUGCAUCACCGCCAGCUGCCAAAUGGGUCUGGCCCAGACGGUGGUUCGUCGUACCUCUCUAGAUUUUUCCCGCUGUUCAAUUUCAAGUGCUUCUUUGUCUUGUUACUAGGCGUCGCUGUCUUUCUAUCGGCCGUGUUCUGGGUCCUACCUCAUCACUCCAACCACCGAUCUGGGUUUGAUCACUAUGAUGCAAAAGACUCCACCAAACUCAGCUGUGAGUGCACUACAUCGUCAAUUUACUUCUCUCCUUCUCUUUGUUGUUUUACAUCUGUAAUUCCACUUUCUAUGAUUGCAUCUGUUCAAGCAUCCUUCCAGCUGGAUAAAGCAGUUUCAGAUAUAACCCCAUACAUCGAUAGACUAGAGUACAAUAUAUUUGGUGAGAUAGGUGUCCCUUUUACAAAGGUUGCAGUUCUACAUGUUCACCCGGCUGCUGUAUUGUCUAACCAUACCAAUGUGACAUUCGGUGUCCUUUCUGAUCCAGUGGACAUACCAAUAAAUUCAGUGUCUCUGAAUUUGCUGAGAUCUUCUCUUCUGGAUGUAUUUCUGCAACAAGCUAAUCUGAUCUUGACCACCUCGGUUUUUGGACUGUCAUCUUCUUUCCAGAUUUUGAAGUUUCCUGGUGGAAUGACUUUAAAUCCUGAUUCUAAUUAUCCGUUGUGGCAAGAACAGAUUCUUUUCAGGUUUAAGCUCAACAAUUCAAUUGGUGAAAUAAAAGAGUAUUUUGUUGAGUUCAAAGAGCAGCUGAGGUCAGGGUUACGUCUCCGACAAUGUGAGAAUGUUUUUGUGCAAGUGAAUAACAAAAAGGGCUCCACAGUGGAUCCUCCGGUUACAAUUGAAGCUUCAAUUGUUUCAGACAGAGGACACCUUACAUGGGAUCGAUUAAGAGAAUUGGCUACUAUCAUUACUGGAUCAUCGCAUGCAAGGAAUCUUGGUCUUGAUAACUCUGUGUUUGGCAAAGUUAAGGAAAUAAGUCUUUCUUCCCUUCUGAAUCAUUCACUACAGGCAUUGCUGCCAGCUCCUUCUCCGUCGCCACUGCAAAAUCAUCCCAAGGGACCAUCAUCACCGUCCAAUGCUCACCGGCCUUAUGCCCACACUCCUUUGCCCAGUCAGCACCGGCAUAGGAGUCGCAGUCAGGAGAUAUCCCCAGCCCACUCCCCCGUAUCUCAUGGCUUCUCCAAUGGAGGACACCAUCAGAACAAAGGAAACCCAACAAGUUUCGCACCUGCGCCUGCGCCCUCAAUAUCAUCCUCUGAUCCUUCUUGCGAAAGGGGAUGUAUCCACGCGGGGAUGUAUUUUAUCAACGUGCUAGGAUCCCUCAUUCUCUGUGCUUAUUGGAUUUGACAACAGUGGCGCCAGCGGGUUAGUAGAUAGCAUGCUUGCCAUUUGAACCAUGAGAAGGUGAAAGUCUAAUCGGAACUGCCAGCAGGUUACAAAAAGGAUAUUAUCUCACCACUACAGAAGACGUACAGGACACUUUUUCCCAAAGGGAAUGCUAACUUAUACAGUAUUGUUUUCAAAUUUGAUGCAGGUUUUUCAUUGAGAUACCAAUUGUAAAAUGUUAUGGGUUCUCUUUGGAUGGCCUGUAAUCUGAGUUAAGUGUGUAUAAGAAUAAGACACUUCAGUAUACUUCAGUAACAUACUCAAAAAGCAAAAAAAAAACUGUCGACACUUUACUAUGUUCUUUUUUGAAAUAUUUAUAUUUCAAGGCUUCAAGCAUUUAAGGCUUGAAAUCUUUUUUUCAAGCCUUCAACUUACAGAAUACUGUCACUGUCUUACCUUUUGAUGCUUUCUAGUAACAUACUAACGUGGGUUCACUGGGUUGCAAUGUUGAAUACAGA